AUGGAACAAUGCAGUUUUAUUGCCCGCGCCGGUCUCGGCAUCGCUCGCGCAAUCGAAUUUUUGCAUCAGCACAACAUAAUUUACCGCGAUCUGAAGCCCCAAAACGUUGGUUUUGGAGUAGACGGUAAAGUACGAUUGUUUGACUUUGGGCUCGCCCGCAAGGUGCUUCCCGAAAAUUCAAAGCGCCGCUUGAGUGGAUCGGCCGGCACUGCCCGGUAUAUGGCUCCAGAAGUAUCGCUUCAUGAGAGCUACAGCUUUCCGGCCGAUGUUUAUUCCUUUGCAAUCCUUCUUUGGCAAAUUUGUACUUUGGAAAAGCCCUUCGCA